AGCAGGCUCCUCCAUCCAUGGGAUUUUCUAGGCAAGAGUACUGGAGUGGCUUGCCAUUGCCUUCUCUGUCUUACCCCAUAGUCUCCUCCAAAUCCCUUCUUUAAAUUUUAAUCAUGCACUCCAAUAUAGUUGUCUUAGAUUCACUUCCCCCCAUCUUGCUUACCUUCUCGGACCUUCUACUUUUCCUUUUCAUUCUGUCUACGAAGUUCUUGGUACCCUAUGUAUUUCUAAUAUUUCCUUUAAAUGAAACACUUAAAUUGCCAUUCUGCCUCCUCCCUAAUUGGGGUGAGAAGAGCCUUACCUGCCAGAUCCCAGAGGGAGAAGGGGGAUCAGCGUGUCUUCACCUGCCGGUCAGCACGACCAAAUCAAAACACCUCGUGGUCCAAGACUGUUUCUCCCUUAACUUUUAAAGUCCAUUCUGCCUUGGUGGGCUUGAUCAGGUGCAGAUGAAAACACAGAUGGGUUAAAUACCCCACGUCCCAGGUCAUCUCUGGAAUAGCCAAUCUUACUUAUAUAUCAUCCUCCUUCUAGCCUGAUAAUUCAGAGAGUCAAGAAUUUCACAGGAGAUGGGACACCUCCUUGGGGAGGGCAGAAUACGAGCACACAAAGACCAAGUUUCUUCUCCUAACAAUCUCCUGGUGAUUGCUUGGUUAUAAUUUUCCCCAAGACGGCAUGGACACCACCUCCUAAAUGACCUUCACAAAUUUUUGCCUAAGCCCUAGGUACACAUGCUCGUCAACCUGUGUACCAAGCAAUUGCUGCCACCUGCCUAUUCCAGGCUCCUGUGGGUCCAUGCCCCUGCUGGUCCCUCCCAGGGGGGUGAUCAGGGCCCUUCUUCCACCCUACUGGGUGGGUUCCUCCUCACCCGAGCGCUCAGUUGCCCUGCUGCCAUCCACUACCUGCUAACAUGAAAGGUCCAGACAUUGAGAAGCAGAAUCCUUCCAGAAGGGCGAGGUGCCUUCUGCCUUCUAGAAGAUUUGAUCCCCAAGGCCUCGGAGUAGUCCCAUAUGGGACUUAUCUCCUCGAAGUGAGGAGUUUCCCGGCCAAUGCAUCAAAUGUUGUACCCACGCAUUCUGGGAAACAAAAUCACUCAGAAGGACAAUGCAGAUAGUGGAGUGCAGUUUAUUACUCCAGCGGGUCCAAGGCAGAGUCUCCUCUUAGCCAAGGACCCCGACUAGUUUUUGUGAAAACCUUGUAUACCCUAAGUGUACAUGCUCAAACUCAGCUCCCCAAAUUCUCUGAAACUAGUCUGAACAAAGGAAAAGAAAGAUACAGUCCAAGUUAACCAUAAUUCAUAUGCCUUAAACCCAUGAUCUGUAUGCUUUAAGCCUAGGUAGUUAACAGUGGACAAUUAUCAAUAGGCCUGUGGUCAUACCCCACAAGCAUAAUACAAUUUAUGAUUUUAUUCAGUUACACAGAUAAUUAGGGUAUUCUUUUAGGCGACGGAGAGUCUAGGUAUGAGCCCUGGGGCUGUUCCAUGGUCGGGGGCAGCGGAGGGGGGCGGUGGUUGUCUGGUUUUUCAGUUAGUAUGUCGUUUCCAUAGAUCCUGGGCUUAUAGCUCAACAUCCACAGUCCAGCCCAAGAUGGAGUCCUGCUUUCAAGAUGAAGCCUGUUCUGUCUGUUUCCUCUUUCAAUAUAAUCCUGUAUUAUUUAUCUCCUACAGGUUACCCAUUUUUUUCAUUUUCUAGUAUUCUUCUGAUGGAAGAUCCAGAGUCCCAACUAAUGUGGAUGUUAGCUAUCAAGCUUGGGGAAAAGAUGAUUAAUGUGGUUUGGCAGAAGGCCAUGGGAGCAGCCAUGCCUCCAUGCAGCAGCUGCUGUGGGAGCAUCAUGCCUGGGAUCCAGUAGGAGACAGAACCAGCUGCUGUAGCUCAGACACUGACUUUUGCACUUGUUUUAAUCAUGUCUCAAAGGUGCUCUUGGUGUAGUUAUUAUUCUUCGUUUCUCAUUAUGUAUUGUUGUUUACUAAAAAAAGAGAAGCAAUGCUGGUUACCAUGAUGUAGAUAAAAAAUGAGGUGUGUGUACAUGACUAGACCCAUUGUGUGGAUGACCCACCAGUGUUUCUCCAAGAUGAGAUUUUAGGAGUCAACUCUUUGUUAGCAAACUGCCCAGAAUGUUGCUGGACUGUCAGGACUGACUUCUUCCAGCUCUCAGUAGUGGCCUUGUCUCUAUGAGAAGAACCCCAAAUUCCCUAGUGUGUUUUCCCAAUAGUUGCCUCCUAGGUACCCAAUGGAUUGUAGUCAGAGAGGCUACUGUGUAUCUUAAAGAAUCCAUAUGUGUCUUAUGGAUGUUUUUAAGAACAUGAGAAGUACAAAGCUUAGAAAAUGAUGCUAAUGAAGCCAGCCUUCCAGAAUCCCAGAAGGAGUCACUCAGCUUUGCUGGGGAAAAGCGCUCUCUUCUAUAGACUCUGGUAGUUAACCUCAGCCAGGACUCUCAUGGACAUUUGACAUUGGGACAAGGGCAUCCAUGUGAGAGUAUAGACAGCAAAGCUCCAACUAUCAAUAACUUAGUGAAACAAAGCAAGGUUGGUGUCCCAAUAACAUCAUUUGACUGUAGGUGCUAAGCUUCAAAGUCAGAACUCAAGGCCUUUUCCUGACAAUGGGAAGGAACAAUGUAAGGUUUCACAAUUAUUUUCAAAAUUUCAAUAUGGCCAAUGCUUCUUUUACUCUUUCCAUUCCAUUUCCAAUCUAUUCAAUUUCAUCUAACAGAUUCUUGAUAUUAAUUGAAUUUUACUUUGUGGAAAUUUUUUUCUUUAUGCAGGGGGAAGUAGUGAUCUUUGAGGAAUAUUAGGAAUAAUUGGCUUUGGUCAAAUCUGUCUUUGAUUUCUCAUUUAGGAGUGCUCUAAACAGGGUUGAAAAGUUUUUGAAUUGAUUUAUUUUACUUGCAUGUAUGAUAUACUCUUAAAUUCCUUACGUUGCAUGUUUUUGUGCAUCCUUUCUCCCAUGGUCAUGCACUGAGGGUCCUUUUAAUUAAAGUCGAGGGGCUGCUAAAUCAAAUUGGAAAAAAGAUAAGACAUGCAAAAUGUAGGUUUGUGUUCAAGUCAAGAAUCAGAUGAUUAGCAAAGGAAUGCAUGCUUGUUUUCUACCAUGGGACUCCAGAGAGUAACCAAACUGGUUUUACAAACCAUGUGAAUUGAUUCUGUGUGUCUUGGGAAGGGUGAGAGGUUGUUUAAACUAGUUUAUUUGAAAGACUUUGUUUUUUCUUUUAACUUUUUGAAUAAUCUCUCUUUUUUCCACAAGAAAAAAAUUUAUGCAAUAGACUUUCAUUAAGUUGAAUUUUUACCUCUGAAGCGAAAUUGCAUCAGUUGGUUGAACUCUCACUAACCGAACGACUGUCAGGACAGGUUUCCUUUUCUUCUUAUUUAGGGAGUCAGAUUCAUCCAGCUGCUAUUUUUUUAAAUCAUAUUUUUCAUGUUACUUUUAUCCAGUGGGCUUUUCUGUCGAUAGUGUCAGUAGUAAGAGUUAAACGUCCAAGUCUGACAUGUGUUUCUUAUUUCAAUGUUCUCUCCUAAAAUUGCUCCUUUUACAUGUAUGUUAUAGAUUUGUUUGAAACCUUUGAAAUCUUUGGUUUAAGAUAGCAGAGUCCAAAAUUUCGAUGAAACUUUGGACUUUUUUUUUUUGGUAAAUUGUCCAUACUGUAGACGGGGGAUAGGCAGUUUCCUAAAGAAAGUCCUGGAAUGACUUCUUUAAAUAGAGACCAAUUUGCAAAUUAAAAUUGUAUUUAGUAAAAUCUUGCCCCUAACUGUUAACUAGUAAAAUGUGUAUAUAAACAAGAAACCUGCACAGGGUUGCUAUAGCUGAUGCAAUCUUUGCUCCAUGAUGCGCAAGGAUUGGAAUUGUUUAAAGAUUAAUCAUAAAGCACGUGGAUGAAAGUUAAUUAAAUAAGUAUAAGGUACAGCAUCACUACAUGGUUAUUCAUCUUCUGGCUUGUGUGUGCCUUCCAAGGUCUGCAGUCUUUCACUCCGCUGUUUAGAGCAGUGCCAGCUCAGGUCAUGCCAAAUCCAGGUCUAUGGAAAUGCAGGACCUAGCAAGUCCUCAUCCUCUUGUUGGAGGUGGUGAUACUCCUGGAAGCUCCAAAUUGGAGAAAACUAAUCUCAGCAGCACUUCGGUCACCACAAAUGGGACAGGAGGGGACAACAUGACUGUUUUAAACACUGCAGACUGGUUGCUGAGUUGCAACACCCCCUCCUCCGCAACAAUGUCUCUCCUUGCAGUCAAAACAGAGCCUUUGAACAGCAGUGAAACCACAGCCACGACUGGAGAUGGAGCGCUUGACACUUUUACUGGGUCAGUAAUAACAAGUAGUGGCUACAGCCCCAGAUCCGCACAUCAAUAUUCCCCACAGCUGUAUCCUUCCAAGCCCUAUCCACACAUUCUUUCUACACCAGCAGCUCAAACAAUGUCCGCCUAUGCAGGCCAGACUCAGUAUUCGGGGAUGCAGCAGCCAGCCGUCUACACUGCCUACUCACAGACAGGACAGCCCUACAGCCUGCCCACUUACGAUCUGGGUGUGAUGUUACCGGGCAUCAAGACGGAGAGUGGACUCUCACAAACUCAGUCCCCAUUACAGAGUGGGUGCCUCAGUUACAGCCCAGGCUUCUCUACCCCACAGCCAGGCCAGACACCUUAUUCUUACCAGAUGCCAGGUUCUAGUUUUGCACCAUCUUCUACUAUUUAUGCAAAUAAUUCAGUUUCAAAUUCCACGAAUUUCAGUGGUUCACAACAGGAUUAUCCAUCCUACACAGCCUUUGGCCAAAACCAGUAUGCACAGUAUUACUCUGCAUCGACGUAUGGCGCAUACAUGACAUCAAAUAACACAGCUGAUGGCUCAUCCUCCACGACCUCAACCUACCAGUUGCAGGAAUCUCUCCCAGGACUGACUAGCCAACCAGGUACAGAUCUUCAUCCAGGAGAGUUUGAUACUGUGCAAAGCCCCUCCACACCCAUCAAAGAUCUUGAUGAGAGAACGUGCAGGAGUUCUGGGUCAAAGUCCCGAGGAAGAGGCCGGAAAAAUAAUCCCUCCCCACCUCCUGACAGUGACCUGGAGCGUGUGUUUGUCUGGGACUUGGAUGAAACCAUCAUUGUUUUCCACUCACUGCUCACAGGAUCUUAUGCCCAGAAGUAUGGCAAGGAUCCCCCCAUGGCUGUAACCCUUGGACUUCGAAUGGAGGAAAUGAUUUUUAAUCUUGCUGAUACACAUUUAUUUUUUAAUGAUUUAGAGGAGUGUGAUCAAGUUCACAUAGAUGAUGUUUCCUCUGAUGACAAUGGGCAGGACUUAAGUACCUACAGUUUUGCAACUGAUGGCUUCCAUGCAGCUGCAAGUAGUGCAAACCUUUGUUUGCCAACAGGUGUAAGAGGAGGGGUUGACUGGAUGAGGAAGUUGGCUUUUCGUUACAGAAGAGUAAAAGAAUUAUACAACACCUACAAGAACAACGUGGGAGGACUUCUUGGCCCCGCCAAGAGAGAUGCAUGGCUGCAGCUGAGGGCUGAGAUUGAAGGUCUGACAGACUCCUGGCUAACAAAUGCACUUAAAUCUUUAUCAAUUAUUAGUACAAGGAGUAACUGCGUAAAUGUCUUGGUAACAACAACCCAGCUGAUCCCAGCGCUUGCGAAGGUUCUACUCUAUAGUUUAGGAGGUGCUUUUCCCAUUGAGAAUAUUUACAGUGCUACUAAAAUAGGAAAAGAAAGUUGCUUUGAACGAAUAAUGCAAAGGUUUGGCAGAAAAGUAGUAUAUGUUGUAAUUGGGGAUGGUGUAGAAGAAGAACAGGCAGCAAAAAAGGUAACCUGUUUCAAACAAUGUUGGUGUGAUACUUCUAAAUGCAAGCUUUUUUGUUUGCAUUCCUGUAGUUUGGCCCAAUGGCAGCUUGACAAAUGAUUUAAAUUUAUAGAUGCAAAGCAGUAAGAGCAUGAGAAGAUCAAUACUUACAUUCAAAUAAACCAUUUGGAGUCUAGCAUUUUUUUUGCCUGAAACUUCAUAGGAAAUAUAGAAACAUUUAGUUAUAUUUAUCUGUGUGUAUGCUUGUGUGUGUGUGUGUGUGUGUGUGUGUGUGUGUGUGUAAUACACACAGAUAUAAGAAAGAUGGGGCAAAAAUAACCAUUUUGAACACAUGAAAUUCAACAAGUUUAAAGAUGCUUAAUGAGUUCCAUAGAAAACCAUGUGAGUGGCUCAGUUCUUACCCUUUUCCCAUCCAGCCUCUGUGCCAUAUGGUGCUGUGAGUGCUGAGUAUCAGUUGUGCCUCAUGAUGAUAAAUGUUGAUGAUAGCUUUAAUAGCUGAAAAAAAACUGUUGCCAGAGAAUCUAAUAAAUGCUAUUGGAAUGAGAUAUAGUAUUCAAAUCCUUUGGUGCCAAUUUAUUGUAGAGACUUAAAGGCAAUGUACCUUUCAUAGACAUCUUCUAGAAGAGUGUUACCCUCUGGUAAAUCCUUGGUACUUUCGUGAAGCCAAGCAGCUGGCUUUGAAUAUAUUCAGAAGAUCUCAUAGACCCUAGGUAUGUAAAUCAGCUUUUUCAUCUGGCCCACAUUUCUAGUGAAAUCAAGGAAGUUAAAAAACCUUAAAUGGUUGGUCCAGCAUCAAGAGGGGAAUGAUAUCAUUGGCUUGGCCCCAGAUACCAGACUGUAAGUUAACACAACAUUGAGAUCUACUGCUUUCUUCACUUCUUGAUGGCAAAAUGUCAUCUAGAGAGGAUUAAAGUGAUGUAAUUUAUAAAACAGAGCAAAAUGAUGAAUAAGUAUUGUUAAACAAUGACAUAUCAGUAUAUAUUAUUUUCCAUAGGAAAAAAUAUUGUCCUUAUUCUCCUGAAGAGAUUUCAUAGCAUCAUCUUAAAAAACCUUAACUAAACACUUGCAUGUACUUAAGUGUUUAUCUGAUUUCUCUCCCCCCCCCACCCUCACCCCCACUCCUCCCCCGAAAACCUAAUAUAAAGUGUCCUAGAAAAGUUUAUAGUGAUAUUAGAAAGUUAAAUGAUUUAUGAUUGUAAUCAAUUCAAAUCAAGCAAAAUGGAGAAAAAAGAAAGAACUUCCACUUUAGAAGGUUUGGUGACACUCUGGAAACCAUACUUGAAAUACUCCAUGAUUUCCCAUAACAUUAAGAGAGUUGCUUUAGUCUCAGCCUCUCACAGAGUCCCUCCCCUCCUCGGUCCUAAUUAGCGGUGUCAAUGACCCAAGACAGCACACUGGCCCCAAGGACGUUCUGUAUGAGGUCAGGGAUGCAGUCUCAAGAAAUACAAUUUCCCAGCUGAUGACCACUUGAAAUCCUUUGGGUCACACACAGUUGAAAUAUCUUCUGGACUUUGUCAGUGCCCUGAGUCCCUGUUGGUUUAAUUUUUCAUAUUAACACCGUAAUUACACCUAACAAAGAACAGCCAAUGCAGCCACCAUGGCAAGCAUUUUACAUAUCUUUUAACCUAUGUGAAAUUCACACAUACCUAGGUCAGGGCUGAUAAAAUUCACUUUUCCAAAAUACCUUAUGCCUUUGAAAAUUAAAACUUAUAAAGUGUACCCCACUUAUACAUAGCAUGAAAAUUAGACUUGGUAUACCAGUUGUUACACCUUCAGCUUUAAACCUACAACUUCAGGGGGAAAAGGCAUGACUCCAAUGGAUAAGAACCUUUAGAAUGCUAUUUCCAAAUGGUUGUGUAUGUCGGUACAGUUUUGGUGAUGGUGAAGGCUUAUAAUUCUGUUUUAAAACACAGGUGGCUGGUUUCUCUAGUAUCCAGAAUGCAUGCUUUUCUUGGGAUGUAGCUGUAAUCGCAUGUGCAAAAAUAUGAAGUACUAUUUUGUUACUACAAAUAAAUCUGAGCUGAAUUUUUUUUUAAAAAAUUACUUCUAGGUGAACUUCAUGCUUUAAUUUGACCCAAAAGUAUAGGGUGUUUUUUUUUUUUGUUUGUUUGUUUGUUUUGUAAAUUUAAGAAGAAUUUCAAAGUUUACAAUUGAACUCCCCAAUAGAAACGUGGUAUGACCCAUAUUUGUCAUUUUAAAUUUUGUGGGAGCUGCAUUCAAAAAAAAGUUAAAAAAAGACAGGUAGAAUUAAUUCUGCUGCUGCUGCUGCUAAAUCACUUCAGUUGUGUCUGAGUCUGUGUGACCCUAUGG